GCAGAAAGUAGUGCUGGUUUUUUACGCGCAGCUCGUGCUGGUAAUUUGAAUAGAGUACUUGAUUUAUUACGUUCCGGAACAGAUAUAAAUACUUGUAAUGCAAAUGGUCUUAAUGCGUUACAUUUGGCUUCAAAAGAGGGACAUCAUGAAGUUGUUCGUGAAUUGUUAAAACGUAAAGCAUUGGUUGAUGCAGCAACAAAGAAAGGAAAUACAGCACUUCAUAUAGCAUCUUUAGCCGGUCAGGAACUUAUUGUUACGAUAUUAGUGGAAAACGGUGCAAAUGUAAACGUUCAGUCGUUGAAUGGCUUUACGCCACUAUAUAUGGCAGCACAAGAGAAUCAUGAAUCUGUUGUCCGUUAUUUGUUGGCACACGGAGCAAAUCAAGCAUUGGCAACAGAUGAUUAA